GAGGAGGCAAGAGGAAUCAAUGAGGGGACUCGGGCAGACACCACGUGGUGGGCUAUUUUGGAAGAGCAUCUUAAAGGGGACGUGCUCCCCAAUCUCUUGAUCACUCCCUGAUGGCGAGACCUAAAUAGCGGGAUCCAGCAGGACUUCCUCCGGCCCCGCUGCGUCUCCAGCAGGUCCGGCGAGAGGAUGUCGGCGCGGUGCUGCGGGGCUCUGGUGGCGCUGGUGUCCCUGGCGUGCCUGGCGGAGGGCGGCUACUACGGCCUCAACAUGUUCGCGGUGCAGACGGCGCAGCCCGACCCCUGCUACGACGAGCACGGCCUGCCGCGCCGCUGCAUCCCGGACUUCGUCAACUCCGCCUUCGGCAAGGAGGUGCGGGCGUCCAGCACGUGCGGCCGCCCGCCGGCCCGCUACUGCGUGCUGAGCGAGAAGGGCGAGGAGCGGCUCCGCACCUGCCACCUGUGCAACGCGUCCGAGCCCCGGCGCGCCCACCCGCCCGCCUUCCUCACCGACCUCAACAACCCGCACAACCUCACGUGCUGGCAGUCCGAGAGCUUCGUGCAGCACCCGCACAACGUGACGCUCACGCUGGCGCUGGGCAAGAAGUUCGAGGUGACCUACGUGAGCCUGCAGUUCUGCUCGCCGCGCCCCGAGUCCAUGGCCAUCUACAAGUCCAUGGACUACGGCCGCUCCUGGGUGCCCUUCCAGUUCUACUCCACGCAGUGCCGCAAGAUGUACGGCCGCCCGCCGCGCGCCGCCAUCACCAAGCAGAACGAGCAGGAGGCCGUCUGCACCGACUCGCACAGCGACGUGCGCCCGCUGGCCGGCGGCCUCAUCGCCUUCAGCACCCUGGACGGCCGCCCCUCGGCCCACGACUUCGACAACUCGCCCGUGCUGCAGGACUGGGUCACGGCCACCGACAUCCGCGUGACCUUCAGCCGCCUGCACACCUUCGGCGACGAGAACGAGGACGACUCCGAGCUGGCCCGCGACUCCUACUUCUACGCCGUGUCCGACCUGCAGGUGGGCGGGCGCUGCAAGUGCAACGGCCACGCGUCCCGCUGCGUGCGCGACCGCGACGACAGCCUGGUGUGCGACUGCAAGCACAACACGGCCGGCCCCGAGUGCGACCGCUGCAAGCCCUUCCACUACGACCGGCCCUGGCAGCGCGCCACGGCCCGCGAGGCCAACGAGUGCGUGGCUUGUAACUGCAAUCUUCAUGCGCGGAGGUGCCGCUUUAAUAUGGAGCUCUACAAGCUUUCAGGCCGCAAGAGUGGAGGGGUUUGCCUGAACUGUCGACACAACACAGCAGGCCGCCACUGCCAUUACUGCAAAGAAGGCUUCUAUCGGGACCUGAGCAAGCCAAUAUCUCACAGGAAAGCAUGCAAAGAAUGUGAUUGCCAUCCCGUGGGUGCAGCUGGCCAAACCUGUAAUCAAACCACAGGUCAAUGUCCCUGUAAAGAUGGUGUGACUGGCAUCACGUGCAAUCGAUGUGCCAAAGGCUACCAGCAAAGCCGAUCUCCCAUUGCCCCCUGCAUAAAGAUUCCUGUUGCUCCACCCACCACUGCAGCUAGUAGCACGGAAGAGCCUGCAGACUGUGAGUCAUACUGCAAGGCGUCCAAAGGGAAACUGAAGAUCAACAUGAAAAAGUACUGUAAGAAAGACUAUGCUGUGCAGAUCCACAUCCUGAAGGCUGAAAAAACUGCUGACUGGUGGAAGUUCACCGUCAAUAUCAUCUCUGUCUACAAACAGGGAAGCAACCGGAUACGGCGUGGGGACCAGAGCCUGUGGAUCCACUCCAAGGACAUUGCAUGCAAGUGCCCAAAAGUAAAACCCAUGAAGAAGUACUUACUGCUGGGCAACAAUGAGGACUCGCCUGACCAGAGUGGCAUCAUAGCAGACAAAACCAGUCUGGUGAUACAGUGGAGGGACACGUGGGCUCGGAGGCUCAGGAAGUUCCAGCAACGGGAAAAGAAGGGGAAGUGUAAGAAAGCCUAAAGGAAGAGAUGGCAUCAGAGAGAGGGUGUGUUUGUGUGUGUGAGAGUGUGUGUGUGUGUCUGCAGGUGUGAGUGCGUGUGUGUGUGCGCGAGUGAAAGAGAGAGAGGGAGAAGGACUGUGCAUGCUGCUUUGUGUAGAACUUGGAGCAGAUAGAAUUGGGGGUAGGGACUUUGUGAAGGGACUCACUUUGCAGUUUGUGUGCAUCCAGGGGGGAGGGCAGGCUGGGUUUGUGGGGAUAUUGGUGAAUCACUUUCAUGGGACUGCCAAGCUUGCACCUCGUAUAACAGGAAAGACGAUCACAAAAGCAAUAGGAAUGUUGUGACCAGAGGUUGGCUACGGGGCGUGCAACACCUCGAUCACGGAGAAGCAGAUACUUGUUCAGUUACCAGUUCCCAUCAUCCCCUUGCUUAUUUCUCCCCUAUGUGUUGAAGAAAAGAGACACCAAACUGCCUUAAAACUGCUGAUGUCUGCUAGUUCCAAAGCCUAGCCACAGAAACAAUUGACCAUGUCAGAAAUUGAUUGACAACAAUGCUGGAAAUUAACUUCCCCUCACCCCAAAAUACACAUCCUCUGCAUAGACUGAAUGAGACAGCUAAGGUAGGGGAAACUAAAUAGAAAUUGAUCACUGAGGAUAUAUAUGAUGAUCAACUAACAUAGGUUAUUUAAGUGUUUUUUCAAUAAGAUAUAGUUCUAAUAAUCAAUUACCUGCUGUACAAUAUUUAAGAGAGAAGCUAAGAUUUUCACAGUUAGGUAUGCAGAAGUCUUUCACUACAGAAGAGGGAAUGUCUUAAGUUCAGAGUCCAUAGAGAAAGUUAUUGCCCUUGACUCUCCCUGGCGCCUUGUAGGUGUUGCUAAUAUCCAGAGCCUCACUGUUGCAAAACUUUACUACCGCUUCAUUUUGUGGGUGGGAGCUCGGGACCAAUCCAAUCAGACUUUGCCUAGACCAUCGUGCACAUUAUGGCAGUUCUGUUUUGGUCAAACCAGGAUGCAGGGAUUUCUUAGCUUCCAUGUUAGGCUCAUAAAAAAUGAAGGAUGUCUGCCUGCAGAUAAAUAACUCACACAAGCAAUAGCAUGUAAAAUAACAAAACAGGAGGCAGCUUGGGCACACAGUUCAAAAUCAAACUAAGAUGCCAAUGCUAAAAAAAAAAAUAAUCAAAACCUCCCUGAUAUUUUUCCGUUUAGGAAACUUGGAAACAUCUAUUUUAUGACAUUUUCCAGUGGUUUUGCCUUGUUUUAUAGCAAUCAACAAUAUUUAUAUAAUGACAUAAACUACCAUAAAGCAAGGCAGGAAUGUAAAUAGGUGUAAAGUGGAGAGGUUCCCAGUGAAACACAGUGUUGGGAUUGGGCAGUUGAGAUUGGGUUGGAGAAACAAGCUCCUCUGAGCUUCAUUGUGAAUUAUGAGACUUUUCUAAAACAAGCUUACUUGCUAAUAGAGGAAAUACAUUCCCAGUGGUGAGUGUCCAACAAAAGCAAGUGUUUGUUCCCAAACCCCUUUUUUCUCUCAAAGAAACAGAGAGUUAGUGUAUGCAGUGUAGACACCAGAAAGGGCAAAUGAUUUCAUAGAUAAAUGGGACUAGAGUUCCUAAAUCACUCAGGCUCUUUUUGAAAUCGUACUCUUAGAUAUCUAUGGACUUAAGAGCCUAACAAGUUGGUCAAAAUGAUCCCAUACAGAUGGGAGGAUGGAGCUAAAGUAUGGGUCCAACAUACAAAUUGACUCUCCUAAUUACUGAAGGAGGUGGCACUGAAGGUUGAACCAUUUAUUCAGGAGAACAGAAGGAGUUAAUUCAAGUCAGUGGCAUUCACUCAGAUUGCUCUGCUUUCAGCUACCCAGAGUUGAUACCAUACCCUGUUAUCAAGUGUCCCACUUGACCUCCUGUGGAAGGAGCAAAGAGAAAGAGGCAGAUGGAUAAAACCCGUCUGGGCCAGAUGGAUACUUGGUACAGGACAAGGACAGUACAGGUCACCAGCAUGUGCACAAGGCAGACAUGGGUGAAUAAGUACCCUGGAAGAUUCACUCUUUUUGUUUUAUUUGUAUUUGAACUUAAUCUACAGCCCAGAGAGGUCAGAGGAAAGACUCUCAUUGAGAUCAGCAGGUUUGGAAUCAGCUUUCAUGCAGGACUCUUGCUCUGAGAUUUUUCCAGGGAGCUCAAGGAGGGAAGUUUUUUGGCACAAUCUCCAGCAGAGAUGUGGGAUCUCAGACUUCCAGUUGGCACAGUCCCCUGAACCUGCUUUUCCAAUAUGCCCAUUCAAAAGUGGCAGGGUCCUCCUUGGCACAGCUCAGCCUCCCAGUCAGAUACGCUGCAGGCUCCACCCGGGAAGCUGUAGGAUUGCACACGUUUCUGUGUUUGGUUUUUGGAGCUAGCAUUAAUAUCCUGUCAUCAAGACUGGCAUUCAAUACAAAAACAACUCAGCUUAAAAAGCCCAAUCCUCUAUCUAUUGCUAUGAAUCUUUUUUAGAAGAAUGCCCAGAGGACUGUGAAGAACACAUUAUCUUCUUCAACAGAAGAUGCUUGUAUUCUGAAAAGCUGCAAUGGGGCAUUUUUUGGUACCCCCCACACUAGGAGGGAAAUAAAUAAAUAAAUAAGCAAUCCCGGAAGUUGUCCGUAUAGGUAGCACAAGGUGUAAAACAAAUUAGAGCUCAGAAAGUUGAUUAUUAACCAGAAAUGUAAUAUUGUAGAUUUUUUUAAACAAGCCCCUGCCCACAUGCAAGACUAGUAUGAAAUAACAUAUUUUUAUUGAAGUUUUGCGCUUAUCAGCAGGCCUGAGGGGUUUGUUUUGCUCUUUCUGCAGUUAACAAGUACCUCUUUAGCUGUGCGUAAUACUGUUAUGCAGAAUAAUGAGCAUGUGUAACAUAUACAACCUCAGUUUCCAUUGACUGAACUAGAAUAAAACAGUUUAACUUUUGGGGUGUCUUGCGAAGUAAUUAUUUCCUAUGGCCCUCUCCUUUCUUUAUGUUUAAGAACAAGCAUCCAAGGAGAAAUCCUGUUUCUUGACUUCAGCUGGGCCAGGAUUUCACCUGCUAAACAGUAACUUCCCUAGCCACAGUUGUUCCUUGGAUGGGUCCGACAGAUCUUACUGUGGAGAUGACAAUAAGGCAGCCACCAAGGAAUUUAUAAAUGUCCACUCAUCAACUAAAAGCAAAUGGAUCUGUGGCUGGUUUGGUGGCUUAUCGGCUAAUUAAAUCACAUGCUGUAUUUCUCCACCUUAAGCUGAGGGCCUUCCAUUGCAAUGAAACAAGUCAUCUGAUUCUUCCAGGUGAGUCAACAAAGAAUAAUGGACAAUGAGAGAAAAAUCAGCUUCCUGGAAGCACAGGGAAGGGGCAAGGGGUCUUUCAGGAUCCUGCACCUGCAUUUACCAUUAAGUGUUACACACAGCGGUGGAAUGUUACAGCAACUUGAGUAGCGCAGAACAAUACAGAAGUACUUUUAGGAAAGGUAACAUAGAAUUUGUAACAGGGUAAAAGGGCUGCGGUGCCUACAAAGUGAUUCUGGAAAGCAGCUGAAAUGCCAAAACAAUCAUCACUCACUAGUAGCAGUGAACAAAAGUUGUUUCGUCUCAUUUUAAUUUGUUACAUUUUGUGUCUGUUUUCCCUUGCACACACCCACCUUUUCUCCUGUUACACAGACCUGUCGGGAAACCUGUGUUUUUGAUUUAUUUCUGUUAAUAUCUUGAAUUGUAAAUGUUGUUUAGUUAUGACCAUUGCAUACUGUUUUGGGCAAUGUUUCUUUACAAUGCAUACUAAUAUAUUAUGGUUAUUAUAUAUGAAUAUAUUUAAUGACACGUGAAAAAGUUGUGGAUUUUCUUAUUUUUUUUUCCAAGUUGUCUUUUUUGUUUGUUAGAUGGCUGUAAUUGAACCAGAAGGAGCUUGUAACUGUUCAGCACCCACUCGGUAGAACUAAAGUAAGAAACCAGUUGAAUAAACUUGUGUAAACUCUCCUC